UCAGAUUCUAUAAAGAAAAAACUGAUUAAUUUUAGAGCUGACAUGAACAUCUUUACUAAGGUCCCAGGAUUAGCCCAACAAACCAGCAAGCUGGGGUCUGUGCUCCAACGUGCCUUCUACGGGUCCAGUGGGAGGGUGACCCUUUUUGAGCAGAGGAACUUUGCUGGCCGGCGGCUCGACCUGACGUCUGACUGCACCAGAAUCAGCGACAAGAACUUCCCAGAAAGAUGCAACUCUGUGCAGGUGGAGAGCGGAGCGUGGGUGGGGUAUGAACAUGAGAACUUCCGGGGCCGUCAGUACCUGUGGGACAUGUCCGACCGUGGCGAGUACAACUGCUACGACAAGUGGUGCGCUCAGGCUGACCAUGUCUCCUCCGUCCGUGCUGUCAAACAGGACAAUAACCCUGCCAGAGCUCAGCUGUUUGAGCGAGCCGGCUUCUCCGGAAAGAAGAUGGAGAUCCAGGACGACAUUCCCAACCUGAUGAGCCGCUACAGCCUCAACAGAGUCGCCUCCAUCCGCGUGCUGGGCGGAGCGUGGGUGGUGUAUCAGGAGCCGAACUACAGGGGACCUCACUACAUCCUGGAGAAGAAAGAUUACAACAACUUCUCCGACUGGGGCAGCCAGAACAACACGGUGGGCUCCAUGCGCCGAGUCCGCUUCAACUGAACCGCCGAAGAUGAUC